UCACUGAUCUUGAAACCUUUUUUUCAGAUUUUUAUUGUUCAAAUGCUCCUGCCAUUGUGGUAGGUUUUACAUAGAUAAAUAUUUUUUUUAUUAUUUAUGCGCGCAUAAGCAUGAAAAAUUCAGAUAGUGAGGCAGAAGGAGAACUUCUUAUUGAUGAAAGUGAACAGACAACAAAGAAAACCAGACGUCGACGAAAACAAGGACCUGUGGCUAAGAUUUCUAAUGCUAAAAAGAAGUCUGACCUCAAAUUAGUGGUUAAAACUACUCCAUCACAGGCAAAUUCUGAUGAAAGCAAAACUAUUACUGAUGCUGAAGAAUUGAAAAUAACUGCUACUAGAACAUCAACAAGAAUUAGAAAUAGAGUUCGAAGACAUUCGCCUUCACCCAUAUCUGUAAAAAAAGAGCCCCCCAAAAAAAGGCUUAGGGUAAAGAUAAAAAAUGUACGCAAAUCAAAAAAACUGCCCAAGAUAACAUCUUCUGGUGAUGUCGAAAUCAAACAAGAGAAACUUGAAACAGGUGAGAAUGUGGAUAUUGUAAACAUCAGUGAUGAAGAAUUAUCAGAUACCCAGUAUCCUUCCAUUCCUGAAAUAAAAUUGCGAGAUACACCCAAAAAAUAUACAAAACAGGCCAGCAAAACAGGAAUUAAGUUAAAGUUAUCACUUGGCAAAGUAUUAAGCUCUAAAGUGGCCGAAUGCAUUGUUGAAGAGGCUGUAAUGAAAACCAUUCCGCAUGAGCCCCUGGAAUUGAAAGAGAACAUUAUAAAACCCUUGAUAAUAUCAAAACAACGGGUUUCAGCUGAAGUUGUAGAAAACAGUGACCAGCAAGACACCAAUACCUCUGAGCACAUGGACACUGUUGAUAAUAAUCAUGUUGCACAGUCACAGUAUUAUUCAUCAAGUUCUGAAAAUCACAAACCCCUCACAUUGAGACUUUCGGUUGGAAAGCAAAAGUCUGUAACCAAAACAAAUGAAAUUAAAGACUCCGGAGAUUCUAACCCUCAAGUAUUUCCUAAUAUUCGUCGAAGUUGGAGCACAGUGGCUUCAAAAGGCAAUGAUGCGGUUGAAACUAACUCAAAUGAUUUAAAGCAGCAUCCAGUAAAAGAAGAUGUGAGCAAAAAGAAUGAAAUCGAAUCAUGGAUGACUGGAAAACCUUGCAAUCCACCUUCAAAUUUGCCGAAAAAACCUUUUUUCAGUCUUGGCUUGCAGUCAUUGCUUGAUGUUGUGUCAGUUGAACUUAAUGAACAGAAGAAGUCUAGUCCAGGUGAAGGGCUAACAAGUAAACAAUUUAAUCCAUCUUCAACGUCAAGACAGCAUGGGUCACAUCCUGCUUCUACUGGAGAGUCCGAAGGGCACUUGCCAUCCUUGACCUUUCCAAAACCUGCAUUGCAUUUUUCGACUAAAAAAAGGCAGAGGUCUAAGUCAGUCGUUCAUGUAUCGAAUCCGCAACUUACAACAGAAGAUUUGCCGAAAAAUAUUUUAUCUGAAAUCGAGCAACCCCACAAAGAAGAAGCAAAUGAGGAAGAGGAUUGUGUCUUGACGGAAAAAGAAAGAAGACGGCACGAUAAGAAAAAAAACCUUGAUGCAGAUUUUGUUGACCCUGAUGCAUUAAUGAAAGAUGAAGAAGCAGAAAUACCAAAAAUAGCACGGAAGAAGCAUGUUUCACUAGCACCACGUCAUAUCAAUAAUACUGGCGGUCUUUCGCUUUUAAUGCCACAGAUGACUUCAACACAUAAUGAGUCAGACAAGCCAAAGUUGUUGCAAACGAAAGGUGCUUGUCAUCCUCCAGUCAGGAAUAUUGUUAGAAAGCCUAAAAAAGGUAUGGCAACUGCAAAGCAGCGUCUGGCAAACAAGCUGAAGUUGGGCAGAACCCAUGCCUUUUGAAUGUACAAUUUCUGUUGCAAUUACUCGUAAAACUUUGGGCGAUCUGUUUUUAGCCUCAUUACUGAUAACCUGCCAUGAUUGCUAACACACUAUAUUUGCAGUUUUAAAUCUUGUUUUUAUGAUCUGUAAGCUUGUGUUUUAUAACCGUUUUAUUCAAAAUAAAUCCAAUAUUUUUUGAAAGCA